UGCCGUAAACAAAUGAUUACAUUGACAUUAUAAGUAAAUGUAUUAAUUGUGGGAUGGAUUAUGUGUUUUUAAUUAAAAAAAACGUAUUCAAUUCUAAACCUAAGGGAUAAAAUGGAUAUUAGUAAUGAAAAACCAAAUGUGAGCAGUGACCAAAAUGAUAUAAAAAUAGUCGCUCGUGGACGCGGCAAAGUGUUACUCUACAACGGCCACCAAUAUUAUUUCCACGUGCGGUAUAAAAACAACAAUUGUUUGUGGAGAUGUAAAAAUUACAAAACCUUUAACUGUACUGGAUCCGUUACGAUUACCCAGGAUCAGUCAAAGUUGGUACAACAAAGGCAGCAUUCAGAGAACUGUUUACCAGACGAAAAUGAAAACAUUAUGUGUAUUAUCACAAGCUCAAGCUUAGACAGAGCAGCAUCAAAUGUCGAAGAGACAGUACCUGCGGUUUACAGAACUACCAUAGCAUCAAUGAAAGAUACAGGACUACACUUGAUUAAGAAAUUACCCACGUAUAACAAAUACAAAUGCAAAGCAUACAGAAGAAGAAGGAAAUUGGCAGGAGUUGAGAAGAUGGCAUACAAUGACAUGAAAGAAGUUGAAGUGCCUCCAGAUGACUUCCUUCUUGCUGAUUACCGUGGUGGCAACGAUCGUAUCCUGAUUUUUGCUCUAAAAGAAGCGAGGGAAAUUGUGCUUAACGGAAAAGUAAUGCAGACAGUCCUUGAUCAACUGGAGGAUGAGCAUGAACUAUUCGCACAUACAGGAUAA